AUGGCCCGCGGAAACUCCCCCCAGACCCAAGUCUUCUACAAGGGCAGCUCAGGCGACCAAUUCUGCAUCUUCGUUGAGAGCGCAGAGGCGGUGCAGAAGUGGAAGGCUGACAGCACGAUUCCCAUGGUUGAUGUUGUUGCUGGGUGGAAGGUGCUCGUCCCCGAGCACGGCAAGCAGGGUGUGCUCAACACUGCUUCCAAGCAGCAGCUUGAGAAUGAGUUUGGCGAGGGCGCCAAGGAGGACGACAUCUUCAAGAAGAUUCUCCAGGAGGGUGAUAUUCAGUCAAGCGAGAACUCCGAGCGCCUUGGCAUCACCAACGAGUCCCAGGGCGGACGUCAAGCCCACUAA